CAUCGUAUCCUCUGGAUCACCGGCGUUCAUCAGUAUGACGUUAACCCGAGUAAUCUCAUGGUUUACCGGACCCAGAGCGGUUUAGUGAUGGGUGCCAUCAACGACUGCGACUUAUCAUCGCCUGAAAAUGGGUCUGGCGGCCACGAGCGCAUAGGAAUGAUACCAUUCAUGGCGAUGGACCUUCUCACAAAGAAAACCAUCGAGGACAAAGCGGAGCCCCUGUAUCCGCACAUUGCUGAAUCAUUCAUCUGGGUCCUCAUCUUGGUCUGUCUUCAGUAUGAGGACGGAAAGCUCCUGAACAAGGACAGACCACUGGAUUGCUGGCUCACAGGGGAUGCUUUGGGUUGCCAGAAGAUUAAACGCGACUGCUUAAAGUUGGCAAUGGAAACCCGAAUAAAAACCCCUCCGCCGCACCAUUUUUCCUUGGAGCUCGAUCUAUUUCUCCUUACCUUGAUCGCCUCAUUUUACGUGGAGGGUCGCAGUCUCGUAUUGGAAGGUGAAUGUAUGUUUCGUACAUGGUUCGACGCGCAGCUACCAUCAUCAAUACGAUAUAUGAUCCACUCGCCAAGAAUCUCAAAAUAG